AGCUUGGCGGUCGCGCGGGCGGGACUACGGCACCCACAUCGCCCCGCGCGGCGGGGAGCGCACUGCGGCUGUGCGGCGGCACGGGCGCUGUCGGGCUGGGCGGUGGCCAGCGGACGGGAGCCGGGUGUGAGCCCGGUGGCAGCAGCGUGAGCCGGCCCGCGGCCACCAUGUCGGCGCCGUCCGAGGAGGAGGAGUACGCGCGGCUGGUGAUGGAGGCGCAGCCCGAGUGGCUGCGCGCCGAGGUGAAGCGGCUGUCGCACGAGCUGGCCGAGACCACGCGCGAGAAGAUCCAGGCGGCCGAGUACGGGCUGGCGGUGCUCGAGGAGAAGCACCAGCUCAAGCUGCAGUUCGAGGAGCUCGAGGUGGAUUACGAGGCCAUCCGCGGCGAGAUGGAGCAGCUCAAGGAGGCAUUUGGACAGGUGCACACAAACCACAGGAAGGUGGCCGCGGAUGGUGAGAGCCGGGAGGAGAGUCUGAUCCAGGAGUCGGCCUCCAAGGAGCAGUACUACGAGCGGAAGGUGCUGGAGCUGCAGACGGAGCUGAAGCAGCUGCGCAACGUGCUCACCAACGCUCAGUCGGAGGGCGAGCGCCUGGCCUCGGUGGCACAGGAGCUGAAGGAGAUCAAUCAGAACGUGGAGCUUCAGCGGGGCCGCCUCCGGGAUGACAUCAAGGAGUACAAGUUCCGGGAGGCGCGCCUGCUGCAGGACUACUCGGAGCUGGAGGAGGAGAACAUCAGCCUGCAGAAGCAGGUGUCUGUGCUCAGGCAGAACCAGGUGGAGUUUGAGGGCCUCAAGCAUGAGAUCAAGCGACUGGAGGAGGAGACUGAGUACCUCAACAGCCAGUUGGAGGACGCCAUCCGGCUCAAGGAGAUCUCGGAGCGGCAGCUGGAGGAGGCGCUAGAGACGCUGAAGACGGAGCGGGAGCAGAAGAACAGCCUGCGCAAGGAGCUGUCGCACUACAUGAGCAUCAACGAUUCCCUCUACACCAGCCACCUGCACGUUUCUCUGGAUGGCCUCAAGCUCAGCGAUGACGCCGAGGCCCUGGCUAACGGCUUUGAGCACGGCUGCCUGGCCAAGCUGCCCCUGGACAACAAGACCUCCACGCCCACCAAGGACGGUCUGGCCCCGCCCUGCCCCGGCCUUGUGUCCGACCUCCUCAGCGAGCUCAACCUCUCGGAGGUCCAGAAGCUGACGCAGCAGUUGGUGCAGAUGGAGCGGGAGAAGGCGGGCCUGCUAGCGACCCUGCAGGAUGCGCAGAAGCAGCUGGAGCAGGCUCGAGGGGCCCUGUUGGAGCAGCGGGAGGAGGUGAGCCGCCUCACCGAGAGCCUGAGCGCUCUGCAGCGCCUGCAGGCUGGCAAGGAGCGACGCACGGCCCUGGACAGUGAGAAGGAGCGCGACAGCCAUGAGGAUGGCGACUACUAUGAGGUGGACAUCAAUGGGCCUGAGAUCCUGGCCUGCAAGUACCGCGUGGCCCUGGCAGAGGCCGGUGAGCUCCGGGAGCAGCUGAAGGCCCUACGCAGUGCACACGAGGCCAGCGAGGCUCGGCAUGCUGAGGAGAAGGGCCGCCACGAGGCUGAGGGCCAGGCGCUCGCCGAGAAGGUGUCUCUGCUGGAGAAGGCCAGUGGCCAGGACCGCGAGCUGCUGGCCCGCCUGCAGACAGAGCUGAAAAAGGUCAGUGACGUCGCGGGUGAGACUCAGGGCAGCCUGAGUGUGGCCCAGGAUGAGCUGGUGACCUUUAGCGAGGAGCUGGCCAGCCUCUACCACCACGUGUGCAUGUGCAACAACGAGACGCCCACCCGUGUCGUGCUGGACUACUACCGUGAGGGCCCAGCCGGCGCCGGCCACUGCAGUCCUGAAGCCCACGGACACCGCUCACCAGUCCUGCCCAAGGGGCCACUGGCUGCAGAGGGCGGGGCUGGGGACAGCAGCCUCUCACUGCCCUCACCCCUGAGUGACCCUCGCCGGGAGCCCAUGAACAUCUACAAUCUGAUUGCCAUCAUCCGUGACCAGAUCAGGCACCUGCAGGCGGCCGUGGACCGCACCACGGAGCUGUCGCGGCAGCGCCUGGCCUCCCAGGAGCUGGGCCCUGGCACAGACAAGGACCGGGAGGCGCUCAUGGAGGAGAUCCUCAAGCUCAAGUCUCUGCUCAGCACCAAGCGGGAGCAGAUCACCACCCUACGCACCGUGCUCAAGGCCAACAAGCAGACAGCCGAGGUGGCCCUUGCCAACCUGAAGAGCAAGUACGAGAACGAGAAAGCCAUGGUGACCGAGACGAUGAUGAAGCUGCGCAACGAACUCAAGGCCCUCAAGGAGGACGCAGCCACCUUCUCCUCGUUGCGUGCCAUGUUCGCCACCAGGUGUGACGAAUACAUCACACAGCUGGACGAGAUGCAGCGGCAGCUGGCGGCCGCCGAGGAUGAGAAGAAGACGCUCAACUCCCUGCUGCGCAUGGCCAUCCAGCAGAAGCUGGCGCUGACCCAGCGGCUGGAGCUGCUUGAGCUGGACCACGAGCAGACCCGGCGGGGCCGUGCCAAGGCCACCCCCAAAGUCAAGUCCAGCACCCCAAGCCGUUGUGUGGUACUGCGUUUUCUGAAGUUUCCUCCCAAUAGGAAGAAGGCCUCGGAAGAAGUAUUCCAGCACCUACAAAACAUAGUGGACUUUGGCAAAAAUGUCAUGAAAGAGUUUUUGGGGGAGAACUAUGUUCAUUGUGGGGAGGUGGUCCAGCUGCCUUUAGACUUUGUGAAGCAGCUUUGCUUAAAGAUACAGUCCGAACGACCAGAAUCUCGCUGUGACAAGGACCUGGACACUCUCAGUGGUUAUGCUCUGUGCCUUCCCAAUUUAGCCAGACUUCAGACGUACCAUUUUGCCGAGCACCGGCCGAUUCUGUGUGUAGAGAUCAAGCCAAAAUGUGGGUUUAUUCCUUCCUCCAGUGCCGUGACGCACGAGAUGAAGCACAAGGUGUGCCGCUACUGUAUGCACCAGCACCUCAAGGUGGCAACUGGGAAGUGGAAGCAGAUCAGUAAAUACUGUCCCCUCGAUCUCUACUCGGGAAAUAAGCAGAGAAUGUACUUUGCCUUGAAAAGCUUGUUGCAGGAGGCACAGAACAACUUGAAGAUAUUUAAGAAUGGGGAGCUGAUUUAUGGCUGCAAAGAUGCCCGCAGCCCCGCAGUUGACUGGCGGGAGCUGGCACAUCACCUGAAGCCGUUCUUCUACCCGUCCAACGGCCUGGCCAGCGGGCCCCACUGCGCGAGGGCCGUGAUCCGGGAGCUGGUGCGCGUCAUCACACGGGUGCUGCUCAGUGGCUCGGACAAGGGCCGGGCAAGUGCCCUGAAGUUGGGGCCUGGAUCCCCAGGGCCUUGUGUCUGUGAAGCCAGCCCCUUCAGCAGGAGCCUGCGUCACCAAGGAAAAAGCAGCCUGGAGCACUCGGGGUUGCCGAAGGGCUGUCUUCUGUACCAAACCCUUCAGGUGCAGAUGUUGGACCUGCUGGACAUCGAAGGCCUCUACCCUCUGUACCGACGGGUUGAGCGGUACCUGGAGGAGUUUCCUGAGCAGAGGAAAGCAUUGCAGAUCGAUGGGCCGUAUGACGAAGCAUUUUACCAGAAGCUGCUCGACCUUUCCACAGAGGACGAUGGGACAGUGGCCUUUGCGCUGACCAAGGUGCAGCAGUACCGGGUGGCCAUGACGGCGAAGGACUGCUCCAUCAUGAUCGCGCUCUCCCCCUGCCUGCAGGACGCCAGCUCUGACCAGAGGCCUGUGGUCCCUGCGUCGCGGUCCAGGUUUGCCUUCUCCGUGUCUGUGCUGGACCUUGACCUCAAGCCCUACGAGAGCAUCCCGCAUCAGUACAGACUGGAUGGCAAGAUCGUCAGCUACUACUCGAAGGCCGUGCGCGCCAAAGACGCCGCCCCGGUGUCGGCCAGGCUCAAGGAGAGCGAAGACUGCACCUUAGUUCUCCAUAAGGUCUAGCUUUUCUCCUGUGGUGUCUUGAAACUUGAACAUGGGAUGUGAAGGUUGAACGAUAGCGCUUUGUGGUGGGUGACUGGCUGUGAAUGUUGUUGCUUUCUAACCACUGUUUGGGGCUGCUGCUGGGAUGCAGGAUGGAGGCCCCUCCCAGGGCAGGCGGGCCAGGGGGGCUCUGCAUUGUGUCCUGGCGCCUCGGGCAGCUUCCUCCUUACCCAAGGCUCAUGUCUAACCUCUAAUGCAAACGCCUGAUUGUAAGACCCAAGGUUUGGAUCUCCUACCACCAGGCUCUUAGCACACGGAACACGGACUGUCAUGUAGAUCUUACAAUUUGGCCUUUUAAGAAAACAGGGAUCCUACUGGAACUGCCUCAGCUGAGUGGCCAGCCACACGCCAAUCAGCACAGGCCCGUGGCUCCUGCAGGUGAGGGCACAGUGCAGAUGGCCACCCUUCUGCGUGGGAUCAGAGGGGCCACGGGACUCAGGUUGGGCAGACACCGUCACGUGAGCACCAACUCCUUUCCUUUCCUGAGUGACGCCACUCUGAACUGCGGGGAGGCGCCAGCCCAGUGCCUCUGCCCUGGGCCUCCCUUGGGUGCUGGGCCGCCUCUGCAGGGCUGACGCCGCUGGUGCAGGAGGAGCGGCCCUGCUGGCGCCCCGGGCUCUUGGGCUCCCCAGGCGCCAGGCUGCUGUGAACAUGCGAGUCCUGGUGGCAGGUUCACUCCAUUUUCGGUUGUACAGACUGAUUAUUUAUAGCAUCAUUUUGAGGGAUUAAUGAAGGCUCAUUGUAAUAUAUUAUGUUAGUGAAACCGUGGAAUUAUAUGAAAAUGCUACAUGAAAUAUAAGGAGAAUAUUUUGCUGAUUGUAAAUUUUUGUGGGGAAAUUUUGUGAUAAUUUGAGAAUUACACUUGUUUGAAUUA